CCGACGCCCGUAAACAUCUCGCUUUGAGCAACGUUAGCGAAAGCAGCUAACUAGCUUUAUUCUUGAGCACUGCAACAGUAGCAGCCAUUUCUGAAAUCUGAAAACAAAAGUGAGACCGCAACCUCCCUCAUGGCAUCAUCUGAGGUCAAUGUUCAUGUGGAGGAGGUGGUAGUCGUGACAACAUCGGAUGGAGCAGCGGAGGGCUCGGCUGCAGAGGUGAAGACUGUGCUGGUGGCUACAGAGCUGACCCAGCCGGGGGAGGAACUUGCAGAUGGAAGCAUUGAGUCUGAAACCGAUGCCACCAGCACUUUGACAAAGGAGGCAGUCUUAGUGAAGCUGUCCGGUGAGAUGGAUGUGGAGGCUGAUGUGGUCUACCCAAUCACCUGUGGGGACGUGAAGGCCACCCUGGUCUGGAAGAAGUUUGUUUGUCCAGGCAUCAACAUCAAAUGUGUCCAAUUCAAUGAGCAUCUUAUCAGUCCCAAGGAGUUUGUCUAUAUGGCUGGGAAAUCUACACUGAAAGACUGGAAGAGAGCCAUCCGAGUGAACGGCACUAUGAUCAGGAAAAUCAUGGACUCUGGCGAGCUGGAUUUCUACCAGCACUCCAAAGUGUGCUCCAACACAUGCCGCAGUACCAAGAUUAACCUGGUGGGGACCAGAGUGUCACUCAGAAGCCAGCAGUCCACUGACUACGUCCCGGUCACCCCCUCCGCAGCCGACGUGAACGGAUCACCAGCCACGUUUCCAACAGAAGUAUCAUCAGACGACACCACGGAAUGGGUCACGGCCAUAGGAGAGGACUCUGUGACGUUCUGGAGGGGUCUGAAGGAGGCGGGGCUGCUGGAGGAGGUGGUGGAGGACUUCCAGAAGGAGAUCCAGGAGGUGCUGAAGAGCAUGCAGGAGCGCAUCACCGAGCCUCCCCUGCAAGUUAACGACGCUGUGCUGCUGAACAACAUAGUGCAGAACUUUGGCAUGCUCGACCUGGUUAAGAAGGUGCUAGCCAGUCACAAGAGCCAGAUGGACCACUAUAGGGAGCAGUAUUCACACAGUCUUGUCGCUCUGGAGCAGCAGUGUGACGAGCACAGGAAACGUGCCAAGGAGCUGAAGAGCAAAUCCCAACACCUCAACAAUGUCCUCAUGACCCUGACCCCCGUGGCCACGCCGCCCACGCCCAAAUGUCCCCGCCUCACCCACGCCGUCUCAGGCCCCAACGUUAUGUCCAGCGCCCCCACCCAGUUCACCCUGCCCCUCACCCAGCUGACGGACCUGCCUGCUGGGUGCAAAGUUCUCUCGAUGGGUGGCGCGGCUGGUGCCGGCCAGCAGACCUACACAGUGCUGACGUCACCCGUGGGCGAGUUGAGGCCAGAUGCCUCCAAUCUGAUGGUACUCUCCUCGGCCACCGCCGUUCAGGAGGGCGCCGCCGCCACCACGGCCUUCAUCAAGAUGGUCAGCCCGGGCUACCAGCUGAUCACGCUGCCUGCCGCGCAGGGCACCCAGCUACAGGGCCCGGCGGGGGGCAUGCUCCAGGACACCCCCACCAUGGUGGCAAUGCCCAUGGGUAACAACGCGCUGCAGGGCACGGUGGCAGCAGUCACAGCAUUGGAAACACAGGUGGACGUUCAGGUGCAGGAGGAGGUGGCACCAGAGACAGAGGAGCAGGAGGCCAAGGAGACAGUGGAGGUGGAGAGUUAGAGAGAUGUACUACUCCUAUAUUAUUAAAGACACAGCAGGAACUGAGGCCCCGUUUGUCCUCAAUGGUUUAAGUGCUGGAACCAAUGCCUGUAUAGGUCUAGUGGUGUUGAACUAUGAAGCACCCAUCUCAGUAAAGCUCUGUAAAGAUGACUUAAAACGAGCAGGGCAUGUAUAACAACGUAUACAUGCAUUGCUCGUUUUACUCUAAGCACCAGCACGUGUGUAUGGAGGUGAAAAUGUCAGGGCAGAAUUGACUUUGGAAUUCAAAACACUGAAUAUUUUUCCAACAUGCAAGUAGAUGCCAUCCCUGCUCAAAAGCCAUGAUCUUAACUCUUCUCAGGUGUCCAUUUUCACUGGAGUGUAUGUGCCAUGUUCACAUUAUCUCUUUACAUGAUGCUAAAAAUGUAGAUUCUACAAUGCUCGUCUUUCAAUGUCAGAAUUAUUUUCCAUUUCAGCGAUGAAUUAACUGUGUACAGUGGGGAAAAAAAGUAUUUAGUC